CUCACGGGCGCGACGUCCCUCGUCGGCGCCCACGUCGUGCGGCGGCUGCUCCGCGCGGGCCACACGGUCCACGCGCCGAUCCGCGGCGGCGACGACGCGCCGCGCCUCGGCUACCUCAAGGCCAUGCCCGGCGCGGCGGAGCGCCUCAAGUUCUUCGGCGGCUGCGACCUCAUGGUUCCGGGCUCCUACGACGCGUCCAUGGCCGGCUGCGCGACGGUCAUCCACGUCGCGAGCCCCUUCUUCAUGAUCGGCGGCAAGAAGAAGAUCCGAGAGAAGCUGAUCGACCCCGCGGUCCGGGGCGUCGAGCACCUGCUCGCGAGCUGCUCGAAGACGCCGAGCGUGACGCGCGUCGUCCUCACGGGCACGGUCCUGGCCGCGUCCUGCGACUCGCGCGCCUACUUCAAGGACAAGAACUUCACGGUCGGGCCCGACGACUGGGAGGAGACGUGCUCCGAGAAGGAGCUGCCGUACGUCUAUAGCAAGGUCCUCCAGGAGAAGCGCGCCGAGGAGAUCGCCGCCGCCCAGAGCCAGUGGACGCUCGUGUCCCUGCUCAUCGCGGGGACCUUCGGCCCGCCGUGCGCGGCCGACGGCGCCGGCGUGCCCGUCAUGUUCAUGAAGCACACCCUCAAGGGCCUCUUCUUCCCGGCCUGCCCGCCCAUGGGCUUCCCCAUGCACGACAUCCGCGACACGGCGGUGUACCACACGCACGCGAUGCUCGCGCCCAACGCGAAGGGGCGCUACAUC